AUGUCUCUUUACGCUGUCAACAUCCUACCUGAAUCGCGACUGAAUCCGGCGCCGGACGACUAUGCAGCACCCAGCUUUGCGGACAAAGCUGAGCUGACAGUCUAUGCCGGCCGCGGCGGUAAUGGCUGCGUCUCGUUCCAGCGAGAAGCUUUCCUGCCCGACGGCCCUCCCAAUGGCGGCGAUGGAGGCAUAGGAGGCAACGUCUAUAUACAGGCCGCCCAUGGCGAGACUUCGCUGCAUAAGCUCGCCCGUCGGCGCUUCAUCCGUGCUGGACGCGGGAGGCACGGGCAGGGCAGUGGGAAAGGCGGCAUGCGAGGCGAAGACGUCGUCAUCACCGUCCCAGUCGGCACAAUCGUGCAGGAGAUUGAACGUCACGACCCAGCUGCCGAGGAAGAAAUGGCCCUGAGGGCGUAUCAGGCGCUGAAGAAACAGAGAAGACGUGAGCUUCUGGCCCAGCAACAGCGCGACCGUGAAGCCGAGCUGGAAGCCGAGCAGGAAGCCGAGCAGGAAGCUGAAGAGGACGAUCUGGAUGAAAGACGCCGAAAGAAGAACAGCCCCGAGGAUGAUUACGAUCCAGACGCCGACAACCCUGAGCGCGAGAAGUGGCUUCUCUAUCCAGGCAUGUCCAAGAGCGAGAUGAAGUCCGCAGAGUUCCCCAAGCUGCCCAAGCGGACUCGCUACUUUCAGCAGCCUCCCCCGCCUAUCUAUCUCGACCUCUCCAGACCAACACCGACGCCCAUCUUGCUUGCCGUAGGCGGCAUCAACGGCCUUGGCAACCCUCAUUUCACGUCUAGAAACCACCCGCGACCAGUAUUUGCCACCAAGGGCGAAGAGGCCGUCACUAUGAAAAUCUCCCUCGAACUCAAGCUCCUGGCCGACGUAGGCCUCGUGGGCCUGCCUAACGCCGGGAAGAGCACUCUAUUGCGAGCUCUCACAAACAGCCGUGCGCGGGUCGGCAACUGGGCCUUUACUACGCUGCAGCCCAACAUCGGCACCGUCGUCCUGGACAAGUACUCUGGCCGUCCCAACGUCAAAGCCCGCCGCCACCGCUACCCGUCUUCAUCUCCAGACGCCAACGCCGAUGAUUCCGCCCUGGGCGAGCCGCGAACCCGCUUCACCGUUGCCGACAUCCCGGGCCUCAUUGAAGGAGCGCAUCUCGACCGCGGCCUCGGCAUAGCCUUCCUCCGCCACGUCGAGCGGGCCGGCGUCCUCGCCUUCGUCAUCGACCUCAGCGCCGGCAGCGCCGUCGCCGCCCUGAAAGCCCUCUGGCGCGAAGUCGGCCUCUACGCCGAAAUGCGCCAGGAAGAAGAGCGCUCGCGCGAAUUCGAGGCCGCCGUGGACUGGGACCUGGCCUCGCAGGCGGAGCGCGGGCCUAUCAACCUCAUGGGCGCCUCAUACGGCACGCCGCUGCCUAUGCAGGAAGCGCAAACCAGGACGCCGACGCUGCACAUUGCGGGCAAGCCGUGGUACGUGGUCGCCACCAAGGCUGAUCUGCCGUCGACGAGGGAGAAUUUCAAAGAGCUGGAGAAGUAUCUCGAGGAUGUUACGGAAGGGAGGGAGGAGCAUCCGAGUGGUGUUGAGGGGGCGUGGACGAAGAACUGCGCCGCGAUUCCGGAAGAGACUUUGUACGAUACAUAUGAUGGCAUUUUGUACAGCAUAUAG